UCUGAACAAAAUGUCAAAAAGACGUUUAGAUAUUGAUGAUUCAUACAGUAAAAGGAAGGGAGAGUCAGACUAUAGAGACAGGGAUCGAGACAGGGAAAAGAGGGACAGAGAUGACGAUAGAGGGGACCGGGAUCGUGACAGAAGAGAUCGUGACAGAGAUAAAACGCGAUGGGAGUCUGCGGGGGUCACGAGUGCCCCCAUGUCCAUCCCAACGUCUACCGUGGCCAUCAAUCCCUUGAGCCUCACACCUUACUCACAAAGAUACUUCACCAUUCUAGCCAAGAGGAAAACACUGCCAGUAUGGGAGUACAAAGACAAGUUUAUGCAAAUGCUGGAAGAACAGAAGAUUAUUGUGCUUGUAGGAGAGACUGGGUCUGGUAAAACAACACAAAUCCCUCAAUGGUGCAUGGAGUAUGUGAGGAAGAAGUUCCCUGUGAAUUCUAUGAAGAUUGUUGCUUGCACCCAACCGAGGAGAGUGGCUGCUAUGAGUGUAGCCCAGCGUGUAGCCGAUGAGGUCGAUGUCGUCCUGGGUCAAGAGGUCGGAUACAGCAUCAGGUUUGAAGACUGCACAUCGAACAAGACGCUGGUCAAAUACAUGACUGACGGUAUGUUGCUGAGGGAAGGUAUGACUGAUCCCUUGUUGGAGAGGUAUGGGGUGAUCCUGCUCGAUGAGGCCCAUGAACGUACCGUAGCUACAGACAUCCUGAUGGGUCUGCUUAAAGAGGUGGAGAAACAGAGAUCAGAUCUCAAACUCGUUGUCAUGAGUGCUACCCUUGAUGCCGGAAAAUUCCAGCAUUAUUUUGACAAUGCCCCUCUGAUGACCGUCCCUGGACGUACCCAUCCUGUAGAGAUCUUCUACACCCCAGAGCCCGAGAGAGACUACCUGGAGGCGGCUAUACGUACCGUCGUUCAGAUUCACAUGUGUGAGGAGGUGGAGGGAGAUGUCCUUCUCUUCUUGACUGGCCAGGAGGAAAUAGAAGAGGCGUGUAAACGUAUCAAACGAGAGGUAGACAACCUGGGUCCUGAGGUAGGGGACCUGAAAACCAUCCCUCUCUACUCCACCCUCCCCCCUGCCAUGCAGCAGAGGAUCUUUGAGCAUGCCCCGCCCAAUAAGGCCAACGGAGCCAUCGGUCGCAAGGUGGUGGUCUCCACCAACAUUGCUGAGACAUCACUGACCAUCGAUGGCGUUGUGUUUGUGAUUGAUCCUGGAUUUGCAAAGCAAAAGGUGUACAACCCUCGUAUCAGGGUGGAGUCUCUGCUGGUGUCGCCCAUCAGUAAAGCCAGCGCCCAGCAGAGGGCUGGACGUGCUGGCCGUACGCGUCCAGGCAAGUGUUUCCGCCUCUACACCGAGAAGGCCUAUGAUAGCGAGAUGCAGGACAACACAUAUCCAGAGAUCUUGAGAUCCAAUCUGGGUACCGUGGUGCUGCAGCUCAAGAAGCUGGGUAUCGAUGAUCUGGUUCAUUUUGACUUCAUGGACCCUCCAGCCCCUGAGACUUUGAUGCGAGCCCUGGAGCUUCUCAACUACCUGGGUGCCCUGGAUGACAGUGGUGACCUUACCCGUCUGGGGUCAAUGAUGGCCGAGUUCCCUCUCGAUCCUCAGCUGGCCAAGAUGGUCAUCGCCAGCACUGACUACAGCUGCUCCAAUGAGAUCCUCUCUGUCACAGCUAUGUUAUCAGUCCCACAGUGCUUCCUGCGACCGAACGAGGCCAAGAAGCUCGCUGACGAGGCUAAGAUGAGGUUCGCUCAUAUUGACGGCGAUCACCUGACGCUACUCAACGUCUACCAUGCCUUCAAGCAGAACAAUGAGGACCCUCAGUGGUGCUACGAUAACUUCAUCCAGUACCGAUCCCUGAAGUCAGCGGACAGUGUACGGCAGCAGCUGGCUAGGAUCAUGGACCGCUUCGCUCUACAAAGGACCAGCACAAACUUCAACAGCAAGGACUACUACCUGAACAUCCGCAAGGCUCUAGUCAAUGGAUUCUUCAUGCAGGUUGCUCACUUGGAAAGGACUGGUCACUAUCUGACGGUCAAGGAUAACCAGGUUGUCCAGCUUCAUCCAUCCACCUGUCUUGACCAUAAGCCUGAAUGGGUUCUCUACAAUGAGUUUGUACUGACCACUAAGAACUAUGUCCGAACAGUCACAGAUAUCAAGGCAGACUGGUUGAUGCGUCUCGCUCCGCAAUACUAUGACAUGCCCAACUUCCCCCAGUGCGAAGCCAAGAGGAUAUUGGAGAAAAUCGCCAUGAAGAUACAAGGAUGCUAGGAUAAACAGUAAUGUCACCUGAUUGGAUCAUGUGAUCGGUCACGUGACUGAUCAUGUGACCUGUUGCAGUCUGAUGUAAAUUACAUGGAGAUCCAAGAGACUUAUUUUCUGCGAAUGACUCGCGAGUAGUGUAGCACAAAGUAUGUGUGAUGUCGAUGUCUAUGUAAAAUUGUGUUUUGAUACCAUGCAGGCAUUUCAAUUAAGGCUGUGCACAACAUUGUAAUGAGGUACCCGAGUACACUCCCAGGCUUACAAGCGAAUACUCAAAUAUUCGGACGCCAUGUUUUUUUAUAAUUUUUUUGAAUUUUUUUGAAUUUUUUUGAUUUUUUUGAUUUUUUUUUUUUUUUUGCCACCACCAUACCUUUGGAGCAGUAUCCCAGUUCUGUCGCCGAAAAACGCAUGCAAUUUUACUUCGAGUUGCAGUUGAAGGCGCCGAUUUAAUAAUAAUAAUAACAGUAAACAAUGCUGUUUUAAAAAACCAAAAAUGGCAGAAUAAUCCAUUUUCCUUCAAGUCCAAACAGAAAUCCAGACAUUUGGUCCCAGUUUCUGAGUGGUGAGUUUGACAGUGCUUGAGUUGGGAAACAUUUUUACCGACGGCACAAUGCC